GUGACAGUGAAGAGUGUGAGGGAAGUGGGAGUAAUAGUGAUGAUGGGGAUAAUGAUUCGUUGUCUGUGCCAUAUCUUUUAAGUUGCAUUUUCGUGGAGCGGUAUGACCUUCGAACGAUAAUUGACGAGAUCGGAUCUUUUCCGGCAAAGAUAUCAGUCAGAUCAAGAAUGGCUACUUAUCGAGAAUUUAAGCAAAUUCUUGUCGACCAAGAAUUGAAGAAAAGAUUCAAGCGGUCCUGUUUUGGACACCUGAGAAACCUGCCGGAAUAUCUCAAGUUCAAUGGGUAGUUGGUCAAUUAUUUGCUGUUGCUACGCGUUAAGAAUGAUAAGAUGGGUCAUGAGAUGUGGUUCUGCGUUAACAACAAGCCUGCCUAUUUUGGCUUGAAAGAGUUUUGUUUGAUCACGGGGUUGAACUGCUCAUCAUACCCCACUGAAUAAAAAAUGAAGAAGGUGUUAGCAAAGGGGGACAAUUUUUGUUUUAUGGUGACAAAAAAUAAAAACAUCACGGCGGCCAACUUGUUACACCUGAUCAAAGGGAAUAAGCUGACAGAGGACCAAAAGUUCAAGUGUUGUCUACUGUGGUUCUUGCACACCAUGUUGCUUGCGAAAGAUUCGACGAAGGUUGUCGACCCAAAACUGAUUUGAAUGGUCAACUCUUUGAGUUUCUUCGAGAAGUAUCCGUGGGGAAAAGAGACAUUUCAACUUACCAUGGACUAUCUGAAGAAGAAAAGUGACCUGAAGAAGCAGAAGGAAGUAUUUGAUGAGAAGUAGAAGGCAUCAUAUGCUCUAUUCGAAUUUCUCUGAGCAUUCAUGAUUUGGAUCUAUGAGGUCUUUCCUCAUCUUGGAGAAUUUGCUGGAAAAUCAAUGGAUGAGCCCUUACCCAUCCCCCGCAUCCUCAAAUGGCACACUUCAAAAAGCGACAAGAUAAUCGAAGGCGAUCCAUUCAAGUAUAAAGGAACAAUUACCGAGAACGUGCACCCGUACAUCAUUCCUACUGUUUGUGAGAUGAAGAUGGAUUACAUGAUUAUGUUUGAGCCAUAUACGGACGAGGUGAAGAAUAACGUCCUCGAUGGCUUGAAGAAAGAGUUAGAAGGGGUGACUGUCCUCGCUUCAAAUAAGGACAGUGAUGAUAACGGGGAUUUGGGUGGUAACCCUGUUGGAGUACGCGUUGGUGAUGAUCAUUCUCCGAGCACCUCUAAAGAUGUAGCGGGAACCUCAUCCCCCGGGGAUUUUCAUAAGCGUGUGGCUUCGCUCGAGGAGGCGGUGGUUGAUAUUGCUGCCUAUCAAAGAGAAAAGAAUGAAGAAAAAGAAAAAUAAUGAGCGACAACAUG